UUUUCCACAUGUGAACACUGGAUUCAUUCUUUUACAUUUUACAAAAUCUAGAGGAGAAUAUUUUUGGAUGAAAUUCGAUUUGUGACAAAUGCCAGUGGAAUAUCAUACGUCAUUGCUUAAAUGGCCGUUCAGGAGUAGUUUUAUUACUUUUAAUGCAUUAAUUGAAAGGAUUCAAUGCUCGGCGCCUGCAAGUUUUCCAACAGCUCGUCGAAGUUGAAGGAGCGGACUUUGAUGCAUAAAAGAAUUUCCGACUUUGUAGAUUUGCAAAGGAGUUAUUUUAUUGGAGAAGUUAUUGGGAGAGGAAAUUUCGGGACAGUGGUUAAGGCGAAGCACAGAACCACUAAAACCUUUUGGGCUAUUAAACUUAUCAAUAAACGACAAGUAAGGGUUGUGUACAGAUUUUUAAAUUAGAGGAAGCCAACGGUGGAUCACUGAAUGACUGGUUCGGUUUCACGAAUGUAAGAAUAGAUAUUUUUAUAGGCAGGGGCCUCUAGAGUACUCCUAGUUGAACGUGAAAUUCACAUUCUAAAAUUAGUCAAUCAUCCCAACAUAAUAUUCUUAGAUUGUGUCUUCGAAUCUCCAAAAGUAAGUUAUAGAAAAUAAGUCUGUAGUGGAGUGGUGACGAUGGUGAUAUAAAUUUGGAAAGUUGACACAGGUUGUAGUGCAAAUAUUUUCGAUAAAAGAAGAUGUAGUGAAAAAUAUCAAUACAAUUUUUCUAUUGCACAGGGAGAACUGGGGAACAUCUUCAAAAUUAUUUGUAUAUUCAUUUUGUCGUCAUCCUGUCUAUCGCCAGCUCACUCAGAAAUUUGCAAUAAAAAAAAUUAACAAAUGGACUAUUUAAUUUUCAGGCAAUUUAUCUUGUAUUCGAACUUUGCCUCGGGUCAUUAGCAAAAACUUUUAAGGAGAAAAAGCAUUUCGCAGAGGUAGAAACUAUGAACGUGGUAAAAAAUUUGGCAUGCGCCCUCGGAUAUCUCCAUAAAAAUGAUAUUGUUCACCGUGAUUUGAAGCUAGAAAAUAUCUUGAUCACUAAAAAUCCUGUCGAUCCAGACGACCAAUUAUACAUAAAAAUCACGGAUUUUGGACUGAGUGCCACGAGAAAUGGUCCUGGACACGACGAUAUGCUGCACGAUUUUUGCGGCACUAUCACAUACAUGGCACCAGAGAUGGUGACAACCAAGUCGUACAGUCAACAGUGCGACGUUUGGUCCAUGGGUAUCAUAAUGUACGUUCUUCUGACUGGAACUUUUCCAUUUUUUUCGAAAAAUGAGUUACAGUUAUACAAACUCAUUACUACAGCUGAUGUCGAUUACUCUGUUCUCCAGUGUUCUAAUGAGGGAAAACACCUGCUCAGAAAACUGCUAGAGAGGAACCCGGCUUUUAGAAUAACGGCUGCUGAAGUCAGCCAUCAUCCUUGGAUAUCGGGAGCACCUGGACAAGUGAGUACAGACUCGUCAAAUGUUUUGGAUAUGAUGAGACUCUGGAAGGAUGAAAUGUCGGUGAAUCGAGUGACGACUUCCACACAAACUGACGAAAGCGACAAACUGCCAAUCAUCGGUGAAGAGGGCUCUAAUCUCGAUGACAUUUCACUAUCUGUAACAAAUGCAUCAGGAACUUAUUCAAAUAAAUCUCGAAGACGAUUGUCGCCCCGUUUACCAGAUUACAGUUGGGUCCCCCCAAAAAUUAACACAAAUCUAUCAAACUCUCAACGUGAAGCACUGCGAAAAAAAAGUUUGAAGAAUCGAUUACUUCAUUUUAAUAAAUAGAAGUAUCUCCGUACUUCGACAGA